AUGGAUGGUCUAGAGGAACACGGCCUUGAAAAGGGUGGUGGCUGCGGCAGCGGAGGAGAUCCAGCCUUUAAGUAUGUUAAGUCAGAACAGAGAGAUGGAGCGGUUUUUCCUCAGAUAUUUCCCACCACCUUGCCAUCGACAAACAAGGAAUUCAUUGCUUACCCGGAAAAGAAACGUCACAAGAAGAAUUUUUCUCGCUUAUUGAAGGCAAUUUUGUUUGAGACAUCAUUGGCCAAGAAGAUUAAGAAAAGAAAACUUUCAAAAAAGUUGAACAAGUCUGAAAAGGUUGAGAAAGAUUCAAAACGAGAAAAGAAAAAUUCAAUAAAUAAAAAGAAUCAAGACAAGAAAGAUGAUGGAAGAAAUAUCUCUAACCGGAGUCCUUCAAAUUCUUCAUCACUUUUUCGAAAUUCAAGGUUGUUACUGGAUACAGGCCGGUCAUUUCGAUCAAACUCAAUCAAGUUUAAACCGGAACAGGAUAAUAUGCAAGGAAAUGGAGAAGGAUCCUAUAGUUCUACUGUUGGUCUGUGUUUGCUUCUUAUAAGUCUUGUGGCUUUGGUCUUCUGGGGCAAGGCAUGUGCUAUUUUGAAAAACCUAUCGCAAAAGAUAGCUGAUUAUGAAGGGAUUGAUUUAGAGGAGUACAAGAAGAAGAUUAUUAUGGAAGGGUUACUGGAAAGGAACCGUAAUCGUGUUCUUUAA